UAUUUAUUUUGUAGUGAUGAAUCACACAAUUGUUGAUCCGUUUUCAUGAGCUUCCUGUUCCAACCCCCAAAAGCUUCAAAAGCCACAACUUGUGGUGACUCUUGUUCUUGCACAACUUUCUCCUCUCCACAUUGCAGCUGAGCUGAGAACAGUUUGAGUGAUGGAUCCUCAAGAUUACCCGACUGAAGCCGUGCCAUUGCAGGGCGUGAGUUAUGGUGAACUCCCUAUUCAGCCUACAGUGAUCCAGCAGACUGCUGUGAACAUCAACACAGAUAAACCAGUCAUCAUUGAGUACCCGCAAGACCAUAUCAUGUGGUCAAUCUGCUGCUUUGUCUACGCAAAUCCUUUUUGCCUUGGACUUGUAGCUCUCCUUUAUUCCAUCAAGGCCAGAGACAGGAAGGUGGCUGGAGAUGUGGACGGUGCACGGCGUUAUGGCUCCACUGCUCGCAAUCUCAACAUUGCUGCCACAAUCAUAGCUGCCAUUGGGUUCCUGAUUUUCAUUAUUACAUUCACUGUAAUUAGGGUUCAAACAGCUUCCUAUUCCAGUUACAGUUACAACCAUCAAUAUUAAUCACAUUUAAGCAUUUCCUGCUGUUGUGAUUUGGUCCCAUUUGUGUUUUCCUGCUUAAAAUAAAUUUUGCAACCUUCUAGAACUUUUAAUAGCAUCAUCUGGGGAAGAAAAGCCAUUUUACAAAAGUCUUAAUGGAAGUCUUCUCUAUUUCUUUACUGACAAGUUUUAUUUUCAGACUUUGUUACUUGAUGCAGAAAUCCUGUCAGCAAAUAAUUAAGAAUUAAAAAGCUUCACAUUUCAA